CGCCUCAAAACCCUCGCCGCCGCCGGCGCCCCCUCCCCCAUGGCUGCCGCCGCCGCCGCCCCCGCCCCCGCCUCCUCGGAGGAGGCCAUCAAGGCGGCGAAGGUUCUCAUGGUCGGGGCUGGAGGCAUCGGGUGCGAGCUCCUCAAGACCCUCGCUCUCUCCGGCUUCAGCGACAUCCACGUCAUUGACUUGGACACAAUUGAGGUCAGCAAUCUGAACAGACAGUUUUUGUUUCGGAAGAGUCACGUUGGACAGUCAAAAGCCCAUGUUGCUCGUGAUGCUAUUCUGAAAUUUAGGCCAAAUAUCAAUAUAAAAUCACACCAUGCAAAUGUUAAGGAUGCCAAGUUCAAUGUUGACUUUUUCAAGCAGUUUAAUGUAGUUUUGAAUGGCCUUGAUAACUUGGAUGCUAGACGACAUGUGAAUCGCCUCUGCCUUGCUGCUGAAGUUCCGUUGGUUGAAAGUGGGACCACUGGGUUUCUCGGACAGGUUACGGUUCAUGUCAAAGGUAAAACAGAGUGCUAUGAAUGCCAACCUAAGCCUGUCCCAAAAUCAUAUCCAGUCUGCACAAUUACAAGCACUCCAUCAAAGUUUGUGCACUGCAUUGUUUGGGCAAAGGAGCUUCUAUUUGCUAAGCUGUUUGGUGAUAAGAACCAAGAUAAUGACCUUAAUGUGCAUUCAAAAGAUGGCAGCAGUUCAAAAUUAGAUGUAUUUGAAAGGGAUGUUGAUGAAGAUCUUGAUCAGUAUGCUCAGAGGAUUUAUGAUCAUGUAUUUGGUUAUAAUAUCGAAGUUGCCUUAGAGAAUGAGGAAACCUGGAAGAACCGGAGAAGACCAAAUCCAGUGUACAUUAGAGACACAUUACCUGAUGCAGUAAAGCAAAAUGGUAGCUCACAGGACUGCAGUAAUGAUCAUGAAGAACCUUCUGCUAUGGCAUCUUUAGGCCUUACCAAUCCUCAAGAGAUAUGGACUCUGGCUGAGAAUUCAAGAGUGCUUUUGGAGGCUUUUAAAUUGUUUUUUGAGAAAAGAGAGAAGGAAAUAGGGAACUUAGUUUUUGACAAGGAUGACCAGUUAGCAGUUGAGUUUGUUACUGCUGCAGCAAAUAUCAGAGCUCACUCUUUUGGUAUACCACUACAUAGCCUAUUUGAAGCUAAAGGUGUUGCUGGAAACAUAGUUCAUGCUGUGGCAACAACAAAUGCUAUAAUAGCUGGUCUCAUUGUUAUUGAAGCAAUCAAAGUUCUCCGGAAUGAUUACAAGAACUACAGAAUGACAUAUUGUCUUGAACAUCCUACAAGGAAGUUGCUUCUGCUGCCUGUAGAACCUUUUGAACCUAAUAAAUCAUGCUAUGUCUGCUCUGAGACCCCUCUUCUGCUGGACGUUAACACUAAGGUCACAAAGCUUAAGGAGGUUAUUGACAAGAUUAUAAAAAGCAAACUUGGAAUGAACCUACCAUUGGUAAUGAUUGGCUCUACGCUUGUUUUUGAGGAUGGCGAUGGCUUAGAGGAAGACGAGGCUGCAAACUAUGCUUUAAACCUUGAGAAGGUCUUGGCUGAACUGCCAGCUCCAGUUAUUAAUGGCACAAAGAUCACUGUUGAGGAUUUCCAGCAGGAGUUGUCAUGCAGCAUUAACAUCAAGCACAGGGAAGAGUUUGACGAGGAGAAAGAGCCUGACGGAAUGGUUUUAUCUGGAUGGUCUGCUCCGGUGGAGAAGCAGAUUAAUAGUAAUGGGGAAAACAAAUCGGCAGCUUCUUCAUCCAGUGUGCAUGCCACUGAUGACACUGCAGAGGAUCCAUCUAAACCUGGGAUGAAGCGCAAACUGGAUGAACUGUUGGAAACAAAGGAAAAAUGUGAUGCAUCCAGUAGUGCUCAGGUUGUCGAAGAUGACGAAGAUUGUACGAUGCUUGACGGGAACCCGGCGUUAAUCAAGAAAAAGAGAUUGCAAUAGCAGUCAUUCCUGUCUUACUCGUAGAGAUAAUAGCUGUUGACCCCUGCUGUCAUGGCUAACUCAUUGUUCCAACGUAGCAUCUUUGGUGACUUAUCUAUGUGGUGAUGCUAGGCUGAUGAUGAUAUUGAGAAUAUCAAUGACUACUCUUGGGACAUAUUUUUUGCUUUAGAUACCGCGCCUUAGGAAUGUAAUUUGUAGUUGAGUUUGUAGACACAGGAGAAACUAAUGCCCUGCUGACAGUCAGCUCUAAGGGUGAAAUUGUGUUUCUCAGCGAAGCAGAAUGGAUGAUAAUUUUUGCUCUUCUUUC